UAUGAAUCGUCGGGUAUAUAAGCAAUCCGCCAAAAAGCAGGGGCAUCAUUCAGUUACUGUUCAUCAGCAGCUAAUCUUUCCUACGAUUCAAAGAAAUCCAAUCCAACUAUGAAGUGCUUUGUUGCUGUUCUUCUUUUGGCUCUGUUUGCCAUUGUCAUGGCGGUGGAACAGACAUAUGAAGACAAGAAGCUCACCAUUGAUAAGGAGAGGCAGAUCACCGAUGUCGCUAGAGACAAGAGAGGCCUCGUGAUAGGCACCUACGCAGCACCACUCUCAUAUGCAGCACAAUAUGCAUACAGCAGUUACAACUUGCCGUACGCAUACUCCGCGUAUGCUUAUCCUUAUUACCGUUACCCUUACUACAGUGCUCCUUACUACGUAGUUUAAACGCGGUGACACGGGAUCAAAACACAGGACGGAUCAUGGAAAUCUCGAAAAAUUUUUCUCAACUUAUGUAUAAAUUCACUCAAUCUCCAAUUGUCCCUGAAAUUCUUGGUAAUCAUGAACGUGAGAGUAGAAGGUUGAAUUCUUUGACUACCGACAAUUUUAAUCAUUGUAUUCAUUGUAAUAAUAAAAUAAUAUUAAGUAUGUA